AUGGAGACGGUGUACUUCCACACCCCUUUGGCUCACCCCAGCAUCGUGCUGGUGGUGGAGGUGGUGGCCAUGGCCAGGCAGAGGGACGGCAACCCCCAGGACCUCUCCUGCGGAUUCGGCCUCCUCCCUUUGUUCAGCAGCACGUCGGAGCCGAGCGAGCUGGAUUCCAAGGAGAAAGGGCUUAGCCUUUAUCACGGGACGCCGAGGGCCCUUUUGCACCCGCUGAUCCAAGAACCGCUCACGAAGAACAAGUUCCUGGUGCUAAUGGAAGGGAGCCUGGUGCAGUGUCGCUUGCAGCUGCACCCACCCUUGGAGACUGCCUAUCACCUCCUCCCUGAGAACGUCCCUGUUUCCGCCUGGCAGGGCAUCCCCGGCGUCUUGGCUUCCCAUGAAGGUAUCUGUCUGCAAGAUGUGAAAGUUUGCCAUCUCUGAAUCCUUUUUUUCCAUGCUUAACUCUGGAAAGAAUGUGUUGCUAGGGAGCCUGAACAGGAAUUGCCAC